GUCCCGCAAUCUCACAAAGGGCCGGAAAGAGGCAGCCCUGGAGGAGGACCGCCGCGACGAGCAAGCGCGCAAUGGCCGAGCUCGCGAAGAUGCUCGGGCUCCGCGGCGUGAGGUCCGAGCGAAGGAGGAGUACCGCCGUGACGACCGCCGCAGGGAGGAGGAGCGCUACGACGAUCGCCGCCGUCCGCAGCGGGAGGGAGGAGGCCGCGAUGAUGGCCGCGGGCGUGAACGUGAUCCCUACCGCGAUGAUUACCGCCGCGACGAUCGCCGCCGCGACGAAGAGGAACGCUACGAGGACGAUCCUCGCCGAGGUCGAGACGAUGGUCGCGGUCGUGAGCGGGAUGGCUACCGUGGGAAGGAAGAGCACCGCCGCGACGACCGCUACGAAGAGGAUCGACGGGGACGACCAGGCCCAGGACCACGCCGCAACCGCGAG